AUGAGUUGGUCCACGAAAAAGAAUAACAAUGAAUUGAACCGAAGCUACGGCUCUAUUAAUCAGAGUUUAGAUGAAAGCAAUACAACGACUAUAAGUGAUAAUAACAGCAACGGAUGGCUAAGUAAAGCGACUAAUGGUGUGUAUAGUGUGGGCGCCGGAGCUGUCACUUAUGGGAUGGGAGGCCUGAAAUGGGCGCUCACGUCGACGGCCAACGUCUCGUCGGCGGUAUUGAGUGCCGGCGCUGAGGGAGUCGUGCACUUGAAGAAGAGGGCCUCAAAAGAUAAAGAUGAGUGAUUAGUAUAUAAUCCGAAAAUUCUUCAUUAAUUGUAUUUUCCACUCAUUUUUGGCGACGAAAGUGAAUAAUGAGAUGAGAUUUGAAUGCCUUUUUAGACGUCUAUUUAUAAACUAUGUUUAAUAUAUCGGCG